AGUUUCUUUCGAAGCACAAAGUACCGGGUUUUUCGAAAAAAAUUUAUGAAAUUCAAUGACGAGCGGGGUAACACAAUGACUAGCACGAAACCGACCACCUGCAAAGAGGCGAUUCGAUUAUGGGAAGAAGCGAGUGGACAGGAGGUUUCCACCGCGAAAGAGGUGAUCCUAAGUUUCCAAUGGCCUCCUAUAGAAAAGAUGGACAACGCUCUGUCCGUUUUGGUCAACUGCGAGAAGCUCUCGUUGUCGACGAACAUGAUUGAAAAGAUCGCAGGAGUCGCAGCCUUGAAGAAUCUAAAGAUCCUUUCGUUAGGACGUAACCUGAUCAAAGGAUUCGCCGGUUUAGAGGCAUUAGGCGACACGCUGGAGGAACUUUGGAUUUCGUACAACCUCAUCGAGAAAAUGAAGGGAAUCAACGCGAUGAGGAAUCUCCGUGUCCUGUACAUGUCGAACAAUUUGGUCAGAGAGUGGUCUGAAUUUAACAAACUUCAGGAGCUCGGUAAUCUUCAAGAUUUGCUCUUCGUCGGGAAUCCGUUGCACGAGAGCGUGGAGCUGGAAAACUGGAGACUGGAAGUCGCCAGACGUUUGCCAACUUUGGAGAAAUUAGACGGCGAGCCGAUCAUACGAACGGAAGAAUGCGUGAACGUGUCGCAGAAACUCGACAGUCCUGUGCAAACUCAGAAAUCGGUGGAGGGUAACUCGGUGUGCUUGAGGCCGUGGAAAUUGUCUAUGCUGGUGUUCGUGUCGGUAACACCGGGUAUCGUGCUGAGCCCCAAGAAUGCUUCGCCCGCGAAAUCGUUCGCCGUGAGCACGUCGUGGUCCAUUACGGUGAACAACACCAUCGCGUCUGGACUUCGACACUGCUCCACGCUUACGGAGCUACGGGCAGAAAUGUUUCAAAUCAAUAAGAUAAAUACGUAA